GCUUAAAAAAACUGAAUCUUUCUGUUUCAUUAAAAAAUAUUGGAAGCGACAUUUUUGUAUUUAAAUUUAUCAAAAAUGAUUACGAUUAAAGAUAAUAGACGACUUUAGUUCAUUGAUGAACUAAUUGAUUAUGAUUAAAAAAAAAUCGCCCCCACCACUCCACUAAGUCACACCUAUUUCCACGUUAAGUCUUCCUCCAACGCCGGUAUCUCCACCACGCGCCGCCCUCCUCUAAAAUCCUAAUCAAUAACCAAUCUUAUUGGGCCCCACACUAUGACUCGCUCUUACUAGUUACAAGUAGUAAAGAAAGGGGCAGCAGCUUUCGUAAUACCAUACGUUAAACCCUACCACCAUGCAAGCCAUAUUUCUAUCAUCACGCGCCACCGUACUCCCCACCACAAAACCGCUCAACGUUCCUCCAAACUGCCGCCGAUGUCUUUGCAUAACCGCGCAAUCCCAAGCAACCGUUACAGCCGACCCUCCCUCUCCCCCCACAAUAAAGCUCAACAAAUACAGCUCAAGAAUAACGGAGCCAAAGUCACAAGGCGGGUCCCAGGCGAUGCUCUACGGCGUCGGAUUAUCGGAAAACGACAUGUCGAAACCCCAAGUGGGAAUAUCGUCCGUAUGGUACGAGGGGAACACGUGCAACAUGCAUUUAUUGAAUUUGUCGGAGGAAGUGAAACGGGGCGUUGAGGAGGCUGGGAUGGUUGCGUUUAGAUUCAAUACAGUCGGGGUUAGCGACGCGAUUUCGAUGGGGACGACAGGGAUGUCUUAUAGCUUGCAGUCAAGGGAUUUGAUUGCUGAUAGUAUUGAAACGGUUAUGAGUGCUCAGUGGUAUGAUGGGAACAUCUCCAUUCCUGGUUGUGAUAAAAAUAUGCCAGGUACGAUUAUUGCAAUGGGGAGGCUCAAUCGGCCAAGUCUUAUGGUUUAUGGUGGAACUAUCAAGCCUGGUCAUUUUCAAGGAAAUACAUACGAUAUAGCAUCUGCCUUCCAGUGCUAUGGAGAGUAUGUAACUGGAUCAAUAAGUGAUGAGCAGAGAAAGAAUGUUGUUCGUAACGCAUGCCCUGGAGCAGGGGCCUGUGGGGGAAUGUAUACUGCAAAUACCAUGGCUUCGGCAAUUGAAGCUAUGGGAAUGUCUCUUCCUUACAGCUCUUCAAUACCUUCUGAAGAUCCAUUAAAGUUGGACGAAUGCCGUUUGGCUGGAAAGUAUUUGCUAGAAUUGUUGAAAAUGGAUUUAAAACCACGAGAUAUUAUCACCCACAAAUCUUUACAUAAUGCAAUGGUUAUUGUCAUGGCACUAGGUGGGUCAACCAAUGCUGUAUUACAUUUAAUUGCCAUCGCAAGGUCUGUUGGUCUAGAGUUGACUCUUGAUGAUUUCCAGAAGGUUAGUGAUGAGGUUCCAUUUCUGGCUGAUCUGAAGCCCAGUGGCAAAUAUGUCAUGGAGGAUGUGCAUAAGAUUGGUGGAACGCCUGCUGUUAUUCGUUAUCUUUUGGAGCUUGAUUAUCUAGAUGGGGAUUGCAUGACUGUUACUGGGAAGACAUUGGCAGAAAAUGCACAAAGUUACCCUCAUUUACCUGAGGGACAGGAUAUUUUAAGACCAGUGUCAAAUCCCAUCAAGAAAACUGGGCAUAUCCAAAUAUUAAGAGGGAAUCUUGCACCAGAGGGUUCUGUAGCAAAAAUUACUGGGAAAGAAGGACUAUAUUUCUUUGGCCCUGCACUUGUCUUUGAGGGAGAGGAAGCUAUGCUAGCUGCUAUCUCAGAAAAUCCCAUGAGUUUUAAGGGAAAAGUAGUAAUUAUUAGAGGUGAGGGACCCAAGGGUGGCCCAGGUAUGCCUGAAAUGUUGACACCAACAAGUGCAAUAACGGGCGCAGGUCUUGGGAAGGAUGUUGCGUUGCUCACUGACGGUAGAUUUUCUGGAGCUUCACAUGGAUUCGUUGUAGGCCACAUAUGCCCAGAAGCACAGGAGGGUGGCCCCAUCGGUCUUAUUCAAAACGGGGACCUCAUCAGCGUUGAUAUUCAAAAGAGGGCCAUAAAUGUUGAGUUAACAGAUGAUGAACUAAAUGAUCGGAGAAAGAAGUGGACUCCACCUCCUUAUAAGGCUAACAAAGGAGUUUUGCUUAAGUACAUCAAGAACGUGCAACCAGCUUCGAAGGGGUGUGUAACCGAUGAAUAGGCAAUCGCCGAAAGGACAAGCCCAGAUUGUGAUGCAUGAGGUGUUUUGCAGCUCAAUCCCCGUAUCCAUCCUGCUCUUCAACUACGAUUAGCUCAUAUCAGGCAUCGGUUUUCAUUUUCUUUCCACCAGGUGCUUUUGAUUUGUUGUUUGUUUUGCUAAGUCUUAAAAGAAAUGUUUAAGUGAUCUGCAAUGAUAAAUUUUUGUAUCAUUAAGCAAUUGGUAUGAAAACCACCUCAAUUGACAAUGAUGAUCCUUUCAAUGUUAGUUGGAGAACCUGUUUACUGUCUCUAUUUUCUUUUCCUCAAUCUGAAUCUCCAUUUUCCCUUCCUUAAGAGGUUUCCAUGGGGAUAGGUGGCCUGCUUGAUGUAUUGAAUUUGAUGCAACCGAGCAAUUGGUUGGUUAAAAGAUGAUAGGGGUGGGUACUUAACUAUGUAUCUUUUGUUAAAACCAUUAAUUUUCCAUUAAAAUUUCUUUAGUAUUUCUAUGUAUUUAUUAUAUUCAAUUUAUUGUCCGACGAUCAUGUGUAAAGUUUAUUAUGA